UCUUCUCGGAUGCUUCCACCAAGGCCAUUGCAGCUGUGGCAUAUCUCAAAGUGGAAGAUGUGGAAGGUAAAUGUCAUGUAGGUUUCAUAAUGGGGAAAGCCAAGUUAGCCCCCGUGCCAUUCCACACUAUUCCCAGGCUGGAAUUAGGUGCUGCUGUUCUGGCAGUGGAAAUUGCUGAGCUGCUUGUGAAAGAGCUGGACAUUAGUCUUGACAGCCUGAAGUUCUAUACUGACAGCAAGGUGGUGCUGGGGUAUAUUUACAAUGAAAGCAAGAGAUUUUAUGUGUAUGUCAGCAACAGAGUGGAACGGAUAAGGAAGUUCUCACGCCCUGAACAGUGGCAAUAUGUCCACACUGAUGACAACCCUGCAGAUGUUGCCACCAGGUCAGUGCCUCCAGCUCAUCUUUUAAGCACCAAAUGGCUUACAGGUCCCCAUUUUCUGAGAUGUUCUGGGGACAUAGACUCAAGUAAAGGAACAUCCUAUGACCUCAUUGAUCCAGACUCUGAUACAGAGGUCAGAAGCCACAUCACUACUGUUGCAAACCCCCAUAGGAGUAUGGGGUCGCAUCAAUUUGAAAGAUUCUCCAUGUGGCAACCCCUUGUCAGAGCUGUGGCCUCCCUAGUCCACAUCGUCCAAUCCUUCAAGUCUGAGAAGGAUAGCAAUGGGCAAGAUUGCAAAGGCUGGCACCACUGUUUGAAGCCACACAAAAUGGAUACACUGUCACAAGCAAAGCAUACCAUUAUUGGAUGUGUACAAAGGGAGACAUACCAAGUGGAAGUGUCUUGUUUGGAGAAAGGCGAAGUAAUUCCCAAAAACAGUCCUCUGAGGAAGCUCAGCCCAAUUCUUGAUGAUAGCAAACUUUUAAGACUUGGUGGGCGGCUCCAGCAUGCUUCAAUCGAGACACAUGAAAAACAUCCUCUCAUCAUUCCUGGCCGCAGUCACGUAGCUACUCUACUUGUAAACUAUUACCAUGAGCGGGUUCACCAUCAAGGCAGAGUUUUUACUGAGGGAGCUAUCCGCACGGCUGGCAUCUGGAUUGUAGGGGCGAAGAAAUGUAUCUCCAGAAACCUGCACAAGUGUGUUACAUGCAACAAACUUCGUGGUAGACCCGCAGAGCAGAAGAUGGCAAAUCUUCCACCCGAUCGUCUCAGCACUGAACCCCCAUUUACAAAUGUGGGUCUGGAUGUAUUCGGGCCCUGGAAUGUCUCCACCCGUCGCACCCGAGGUGGGGCAGCAAACUCUAAAAGGUGGGUAGUACUCUUCACGUGUUUAAGUGUUCGUGCUGUGCAUAUCGAGCUCAUAGAGUCAAUGGACACAUCGAGCUUCAUUAAUGCUCUACGGCGGUUCUUUGCUAUGCGUGGUCCUGUGAAGAUGAUCUGCUCUGACUGUGGCACAAACUUUAAGGGGGCUUGCAGAGAACUUCAAAUUCUCCUACGGGAUGAAACCGACAUCUCAAGGUACCUCAGUGAGGAAGGAUGCACAUGGCUGUUCAACCCACCUCAUUCUUCCCAUGUGGGAGGAGUGUGGGAAAGAAUGAUUGGGGUUUCGAGACAGAUUCUUGACGCUCUGCUUUCUCAGAUCAGUCCCUCACAUCUCACUCAUGAAGUGCUUUCGACCCUUAUGGCUGAAGUAGGAGCGAUAAUAAAUGCAAGGCCUCUUGCUCCCAUCUCAAGUGAUCCAGAUUCACCGUUUCUUCUGACUCCAGCAAUGAUCUUGACACAGAAGGUCUGCACCCCUCUUGCUCCUCCUGGAGCAUUUGAAGCUACAGAUAUGUAUCGUCAGCAGUGGAAACGUGUCCAGCACUUGGCGAAUACAUUUUGGGAGAGAUGGAGACGGGAAUAUCUCUCUACUCUUCAAAGUCGAAGCAAAUGGCAAAAUAGUCAGCCCAAUGUCAAGGAAGGGGACUUGGUGUUGCUCAAAGACCCUCAGGUAAAAAGAAAUCAGUGGCCAAUGGCUCUUGUCACCAAGGCUUACCUAGACAGCGAUGGAAAGGUCAGGAAACUCGAACUGAAGGUCACGAAAGGAGGUACUGUUAAGACCUUCUUUAGACCAGUAACCGAAGUAGUGGUACUUUUGUCUAUGUGAUCAUCUACCAUAGACAGUCAAUGUGUUGUUUUCUUUAGUUGAUUGGACUGCUAAGAAAUUGAUAGUGGUAUUGUGUUCAAUACCAGGCGGGGAGUGUAAUGUUAUGUGCACGUUAAGAAUUUUAGCAUCUCCUAGUGGUUAGCUUGGAGAUUGCGGUCAAGUGAAUUUUUAUGUGGUGUGGCUUGUAUUCCUAUUGGAUGUUUAGGGUCACAUGAGUGGGGUGAUACAAUAAGAGUUUCCUAUUGGAUGUUUAGAGUCACAUGAGUGGGGUAAUGCAGGAGGCCAUUUUAGUAUUGGGAUUUGCACAAUGAGGCGUACCAGAAGUCUCCCUGUUUAAUCCUUCAGCAUCCACCUGUGUUAUGCCAUGGAGAAGCUUUGUUUUUUCACAAGUUCUGGGAAAGCACUGUAAGAUGUACAUUGAUGAAGACAAAC